AUGGCAACGUUGGAUUUUACCACUAAACCAUUUGCGCUUGUUUGUUGCAAGGUUUUUCAGGGUAUAGGAAAUCAUGUACCACAAUAUCAUCCUUUAACGUAG